AUGCCACAGCCUCCACAAAUGGCCGCUGUUCCAAAGGCUAGGUUGACAAGCUAUGAAAAACCGUUCACGUGCACCGGCGUUGAUUAUUUUGGCCCUAUCCUAGUCAACCCUCGAUACAAGCUCCUGCGUGAUGUGUUUCACCAAUUCACCAAUUCACUUCGUGGGACACCAAGAGAAAUUUACUCAGAUAAUGGCACGAAUUUCAAGGCCACGGAAAAGACAUUGCGAGAGGAGCUGAUCAAGAUCGACUUUGACAAAAUUGCAAUCAAGUUCGACGGUAUUAAAUGGCUCUUUAACCCUCCAGGAGCCCCCCAUAUGGGCGGCGCUUGGGAAAGAUUAGUCCGCACUACCAAAACGGUCCUAAAAAGCAUCUGCCCGAAUUACUCAUUCAACGACGAAAGCCUGAGGUGUGCUCUGAUGGAAGCACAGUUCAUCAUUAACUCGCGCCCGUUAACUUUCGUCAGCCUGGACUCCGAGGACGACUCUGCGCUGACUCCAAACCACCUGCUGAUGGGUUCAUCAAACGGGUACAAGCCGAUCAAGGAAGAGAACAUGAAUUUAAGACGUCAUUGGAACGAGGUAAAACUCUUUGGAGAUCGCUUUUGGCAACGCUGGGUGAGGGAGUUUACACCGGUGCUUACUAGACGCACUAAGUGGUUCGAAAAGUGUCCCCCUUUAUCAGUUGGAAGCAUAGUAAUGAUCGUCGACGAAAACUUGCCUAGGAAUUUAUGGCUUAAAGGACGAGUGACCAACACUGUUACCGCCAAGGACGGACAAGUUCGCCGAGCCACUUUUAAAACGCAGUAUGGAGUUCUCGAUCGACCAGCUACCAAGAUUGCGGUUCUAGAUGUCGGCUUAGAAGAUGGAGGUCAACUGCCCCAUCUCGGCAACCAAGCGGCACACAGGCGUGCACCAUUGAAAGCAGCGGGACGACGGCAACAAGCAGAACAACAACUAAAGGCCGUGGGCGAUGUGCAAACGAGUCAAUCAGGAACCUUGGACUUUGGACCUGCAUUGGAGAGUUGCCGCGGGCAGAGCGCAGAAGGAAAUAACAGACCUGCGCCGGACUUUGGACUCUGCUGUGGUCGUUGGACAAGGGCCACAUCUCCGCAGCGGAGCGACGCACAGGCGUGCCACAUGCACCAUCGGAAUCAGCGGGAUGGCAGCAACACGCAGAACCAUGCGUGA